GGAGCCUUUCAAGCCAGUCAUCUCCCCACCAUCUGCACUGUCACCUUCGCCUCUAGUCUGCACUGUGGUCGUCCUUGUGACGUCCACGUAGCAACGGCCAACCUUCUCAAAUGCAGAAAAAUACUUCGACCUAAGUGUAAUCAUUUCCUGCAGGGCGUCCUCGAGGGCAUUCAGCUUCUUCUUGACCGACUCAACAUUUACAAUGUAUUGGCCCCUCUCCAAGCUCCCACCAGACGACUUCCACACCAUUGUGUCGUGUAUCCCACUCAGCAGCCGUUCCUGUUACGGUUAAUGUUGUUGUUGUUGUUCUGCUUGGUGGCGGUAUCAGCGUUGGGUAUGUCUCUUUCUUUUCGUGUCCUUGGCUCGCAGGCAGCGCAGAGUGGAGGGGAGAUUGUGUGA